GGAGAGAAACUAUAAAUUUGCCUGACAAGUCAAGAGGGAGAAGGAGAAGAGAUUGAACCAUGAGAGAGAACCUUGCUAGUGUGUCAUCCCAAAACAUGGCGUUCACUGACUGUAUGAAACCCACUGACCUGUCCACAGAGAAGAAGGGGAUAAAGAGGAAAAACUGGAGAAACAGAAUAGGAUUUCUCUUGAAGACAAAGUCUUCCCAGUCAAUAUUACAUCUAAUGAGAAACAGACCUUACAGGCCAACUGCUGAUGACGUGAAUCAAUGGGCGCAGUCACUUGACACACUACUCAGUCAUAAAUAUGGGAAAGCUGCCUUUUGUAUCUUCCUGAAGUCUGAGUUCUGCGAAGAGAACAUUGAGUUUUGGACAGCCUGUGAGGAUUUCAGGAACCACACGUCGCACAAAGAGCUGGUGUCCAAGGCCAACAGCAUUUACGAGGAGUUCAUUAAAAGCGAAGCUCCCAAAGAGAUAAACCUCGAUUUCCACACCAAAAAUGCUAUCACCCAGAGCCUCCAUGAACCCACUGCAACUAGCUUCCUGGCAGCUCAGAGGAAAGUCUACAGCCUGAUGGAGAACAACUCCUACCCGAGGUUUAUCCACUCCGACCUCUACAAAGAACUGUGUAAAGCUGCGAGGGCAGAGGGCAAGCACAUUAAGUCCUAGUCAAACUAGCCACCCAGUCCUGAAGUCAUUUGUUUACCGCUGUGACUGUGUGAAUAGACCACUGAUGAUGUUUCAUUCCAGGCAUCGCCUCGGGAUAAUAAACCCGAAUGCAAAUCCUGAGCAUAAACAUUACUGGCGAGUGUGGAAAAUGCAAAACUGAAGCCAUUUUUAUUCCGUCCUGCUGAGAGCUUUCAACAAAGAAGCUGGGAUGAUUAGGAUGGGUGCUAUACGCUGCUGCAGGCGGUACACAAAGCAUUUCCACCAGAUGGGAUUAAGGUUACAUUUUCUUCACUGGGCCAUUACCUGCACUUUCUUUACUACGCUGUUAGAAUUUGGUAUUUUGAGCAAUGAUGCAGUUCAAGAAAAGCUGUUGUAAUGCAAAUACAUUCAAAGCUGAGGAAACUGUUGUCUGUCUAAACACUUUACACUAACUUUAACCGGCAAUGCUAGAAUGUAUUUCUGCACUGAUAUCCACUUGAAGACUUUGUAAGCCUGUAGCUGUCAUAAACACAGGACUUCCUAUGUGACACUGGUUUUCACUGCCAUGUUCCCCUGCUGGAUUUGCAUCUGUUUACACAAAAAAGUGGAUUUUUUAUUUAUAAUAUUAACAGUUCCAACUGAAGACCUUGGCCUGAAAUCCCUAUGAGAAUGUUAUGUGUUGUAAAUAUUGUGACAUUGCAUGUGUUGAAUGUGAAUUGAAGUUUAUGGCAGCUGGACUGCUUGAGAAAUAAACAUUAUUGUUCAAUGCUGAAA